GUGUACUUCUGGUCUGGUGCUUUCAUUGUUGGGCUGGGAGGAGACAUACGCAAACCUGGCAACGUAGGCAGCAGUCGCUUUGUUAACACUUCAUUGAACCAAGAUGGCAGAUUUCGAAGAGCUCAGCGAUGAGGAGAAGGUCCGUAUUGCAGCUAAUUUUGUGAUGCACGCUCCCCCUGGGGAGUUCAAUGAAGUCUUCAAUGAUGUGCGACUACUGCUUAACAAUGAUAAUCUUCUCAGAGAAGGCGCAGCUCACGCCUUUGCCCAGUACAACAUGGAUCAGUUCACCCUUGCCAAAAUUGAUGGAUAUGAAGAUCAGGUCCUGAUCACAGAACACGGAGACCUUGGUAACGGGCGCUUCUUUGACCCUCACAAUAAGAUCUCCUUCAAGUUUGACCACCUGAGAAAAGAGGCCAGUGAUCCCCAGCCCCACGAGGGCGAGGCAGCCCUCAAGUCAUGGAGAGACGCCUGUGAUUCUGCCCUGAGGGCCUACAUCAAGGAGCAUUACCCCAGUGGAGUCUGCACCGUUUAUGGGAAAACAAUCGAUGGCCAGCAGACCAUUAUUGCUUGUAUCGAGGGUCAUCAGUUUGAGCCGAAAAACUUCUGGAACGGUCGCUGCCGGUCUGAAUGGAAGUUCAGUGUCUCACAAUCUACAGCACAGGUGGUUGGAGUCUUGAAAUUACAGGUACAUUAUUAUGAGGAUGGCAAUGUGCAGCUAGUCAGCCACAAAGAUGUACAGGAAUCACUGACUGUGUCUAAUGAGAGCCAGACUGCAAAGGAGUUGGUGAAAAUUAUUGAGGAUGCAGAGAAUGAAUAUCAGGUGGCCAUCAGUGAGAACUACCAGACCAUGUCAGACACCACCUUCAAAGCCUUACGCAGACAGCUCCCAGUCACUCGCACCAAGAUCGACUGGAACAAGAUCCUCAGCUACAAGAUCGGCAAAGAAAUGCAGAACGCUUAGAGGACAGAGGCUGUUGGGGUUACGACAAACUGAUUUGGGAGAUGCUGAUGCUCGUGCAAAGUGUGUGGCCUAACCUCCUGUAUGUCCCUCUAAAAGAGACAUUACAGCUUCUGUUGAGCACUAAGAAGGGAUACCUUCAUUUACAGUGACAUUGAGUGGUGUAACUCUCGCUCAUUUGCAAACCUAUGUUAUUAUUUUUCAACAAAUAAUGCCUUUAGUGACACUGUGAAAGCUUGGGUCAUUUCCUGCUAUUCAGACUCACUUACACAUACAUACAGUUUUUGAUCCCUCAGUGCUUCAAAUGGACACACAUCCUCCCAAAGGCCCCCUUUACCUCCAUGUAGCAAGUCAUUUACACUUUCUAUAAAGCAUAACUGAUAUUCUUUAAGAGCUUCCAAUACCUCUAUAGUUUUUUAUUAACAGAUGGCAAAUACUGUAUGCAAUUUGAUAUGUUAUCUGACUGGAGAGAAACUUGACAGCACCAGAUUAUUCAGUUUGUAUUUCAUUAAAAAAAAAAAAAAACUCAUCCAUACAUAUUUAUGCAUUCCUCUGGUUGCAGGGUUGUAGCCAGAAGGCAUGGAAAAGUAUAUAUGUCUUUUCUUUUACCAGAUCCUGUCUUCCCUGUUGAAGUGUAGUUCUUUUAUUUUCCUCUGUUAUAGGAAGACAUUUUCAUUAAUAAUUCCCUCUAUAUAUCCCCCCAAACUGAUAAAGUAUUGGUGUCCUCCUGCCAACUGUUUGCCUUUAGCUUUUGCUAUAUUUUUUAUACAAACUGUAAGUACAUUUAUUAUUCAUUAAAUAAAAAUGUUGCACCGAA